AUGCCCGAGGAAGAGUUCCGGGAGACGAUCAUGUUCGAAUGGAGACUGCGAGACUUAAAGUCAUUGUUCGACGCGAGCACAGCAAACCAGAAGUCGCAGGUCAUCAAGUCUUCGCUCUUCGGCAAUGGUCAAUGGCAGAUUCUCCUUUACACAAACUCGGGCCUUGGAUCUUCCAAGGAUCCAGCAUCUGGAACCAUCAGCUUGUUUCUGUCAUGUGAACCCACGAUGGGAGAGAAACAAGCCGCUGACGGGUCAGAUCUCGGAUGGGUGCGAGAAGGAGCGUAUGGAUUCACCUUUGAGAUACUCGACAUAAACAAGACGGAACACAUUGUGACGAAGGAAGCGCGAAAUCACCACUUCUCGCAGAAGACCGCUAAUUGGGGCUGGGCUCAAUUCGCGUCACGGGAAUCCGUUUUCUAUUCCCGCCCGUCCAUCCGACGAGAAGAUGCAUUGCUUCUCAUGUGCAAAGUCGAACACGAGGCAACCACCGGCGAACAAAUCUGA